GGUGGCCGUUGUGUUUUUUAAAUGGCUUGGACUCGAGCUGUCAGCACAUAAACAAGCAGCAUGUCACUGUAAUGUCAGCUUAAGAGGGUCGAACAGCUUCACUUUACUAUUGUGUUUGUCGCGGAGCUGACCGGCGUAGGGCUCGCUGUCAAGUCUAGUGUGUGUGUGUGUGCGUGUGUUCGUGCGUACGUGUGUGUGUGUGUGUUUGGAUACCAGCCGUCAUCACAACAAUCGGAACUGCUUGAAAUUUAUUUCUACGAGGCUGGAAAAGAAAUGGCAUCAAUAGCAGCGGCGCUUGAGCCAGGUAUAAGCCCGGGCUCCAUACCGCUGGCUGACGCUCUGGUCCCCGCGAGUAUCUUCGCUCCGGACAGGGCAGGAUGCGGGGAAGACGCCGGGGACGACUGCUCCGAGGACGGGGACAUGAUGAAUGGCGAGCCCGAGGAGCGCGGGGUCGACUUCACCAACAAGCUGGCACUUGUUAGUCCUAACGGAGAGCAGUAUGACUCGUUACUCCGCCAGCUACGCGACAGGAUGGAGGAGGGAUGUGGAGAGACCAUCUACGUGGUUGGGAUGGGCUCAGAUGGUGGAGACUGGGGUCUGGAUGAGAAGGACAUGGAGGCCUCAGUAGCCACAGUGUGCUCCAUGUGUGAGCAACUGGAUGCUGACCUUAUUUCGCUCCGGGAACGCAAUGAGACUGCCGGUUUGGUGCGCGACUAUCUGAUACGCCGGCGUGUUGGUGAGCUGGACUUCCUGGAGGUCAGAGUUGCAGUGGUGGGAAACGUGGACGCUGGUAAGAGCACUCUGCUCGGAGUGUUGACGCACGGAGAGCUGGACAACGGCAGGGGCUUCGCACGCCAGAAGCUCUUCAGACACAAGCACGAGAUGGAGAGUGGCAGGACCAGCAGCGUGGGCAACGAUAUCCUGGGGUUUGACCAGGAGGGGCAGGUGGUGAACAAACCCGACAGCCAUGGAGGAAGUCUGGACUGGACCAAAAUCUGUGAGAAGUCCUCCAAGGUCAUCACCUUCAUAGACCUGGCUGGCCAUGAGAAAUACCUCAAGACCACCGUGUUCGGGAUGACCGGACACCUGCCUGACUUCUGCAUGCUCAUGGUGGGCAGUAAUGCAGGUAUCGUAGGGAUGACCAAAGAGCAUCUGGGCCUGGCCUUAGCUCUGAAUGUGCCUGUGUUUGUAGUGGUGACCAAGAUUGACAUGUGUCCAGCCAACAUCCUGCAAGAGACACUGAAGCUGCUCCAGAGGUUACUCAAGUCCCCCGGCUGUAGGAAGAUCCCUGUCCUGGUGCAGAACAAGGAUGACGUUAUAGUCACUGCUUCAAACUUCAGUUCUGAGAGGAUGUGUCCCAUCUUCCAGAUCUCCAAUGUGACCGGAGAGAACAUGGACCUGCUCAAGAUGUUCCUGAACCUGCUCUCCUCCAGGACAUCCUACCGCGACGACCAGCCCGCUGAGUUCCAGAUAGAUGACACCUACUCUGUGCCGGGAGUGGGAACAGUAGUUUCGGGAACUACUUUACGUGGACUCAUACGUCUGAAUGAUACAAUGCUGCUGGGGCCGGACCCCUUGGGCAGCUUCAUCCCCAUUGCCGUCAAAUCAAUCCACCGCAAGAGAAUGCCCGUGAAGGAGGUCCGAGGGGGUCAGACCGCUUCAUUCGCUCUCAAAAAGAUCAAGCGCUCCUCCAUAAGGAAAGGCAUGGUGAUGGUUUCCCCGAGGUUGUGCCCGCAGGCCACUUGGGAGUUCGAGGCUGAGAUUCUCGUACUGCAUCAUCCCACAACGAUAUCCCCCAGAUACCAGGCCAUGGUCCACUGUGGCAGCAUACGGCAGACGGCCACCAUCUUGUCCAUGAACAGAGACUGCCUACGAACAGGCGACAAGGCUUCAGUCCACUUCCGCUUCAUCAAAACCCCCGAGUACCUGCACUGCGACCAGAGGCUGGUGUUCAGGGAGGGACGCACCAAGGCCGUGGGCACCAUCACCAAGCUGUUGCAGUCCACCAACAACCUACCAUCAAAUUCCAAACCUCCGCAAAUCAAAAUGCAGUCCACAAAGAAGGCGCCGCUCCGAAAAGAGGACGGCACCGCGACAGCCGGCGAUGACGCAGCAACGAUAGCACAGUCAGCUGCAGGGCCCAACACGACACAGCUGGGAGAGGGAGAUGAGGACCCUCAGAUAAAAGAGGGCAACAAAGAGAACAAGCCAAAGUCUGGAGGAGGUGGAAGGAGACGGGGCGGCCAGAGGCACAAAGGAAAAGGCCAGAACAGCAGCGCCGUCUCCACAGCGGCUCCCUCCUCGUCAGGACUAGGAAGCUGCUGAACUGCCCUCCUGUCUCGCCCCGUUGUUAACCUUCCUCUCUGCUAUCACUCCACCAAGUGUCUUCAUUCCACAAACCAUGAAGGAUGCAGAUGUUUGGAGCUAGACACUCCUCACUCUUAUAACGCCUUGCCUUUUUUUACACCAGGUCAUACAUUUUCUUUUUAAAAAGGGAACACAAAGGGGUAAACCAAAAGGCAUACACCCUUAAUACAUAACGUUAGCUGCCUUUUACUGUUUUUAAUGGUUUGGGUGAAAGUAAGUGUGGUUUUUGAGGUUCUCCUCACUCAGGAUGAUUCAUUUAAACCGUAUUUUACCUGUUGAUGAAAACUACGAUUCAGUCCUCCGGCUUAGUGGUAGGAGGCUAAAACCCCAGAACAAGGGUCCAGUACCAAUACGAGCAGCUAUAAAUGACCCCCCCCCAUGCAUUCCCUGUGUAUUUGCAACGAAAAACAUUUCAUGUACUAUUUAUACUGCAUAUGUAAAUUAGCUGUUAGUUGUGCUCCAAUUGAAAAAAAGCCACCAUUGUAUAAAAAUGUAUGCAAAUCAUAAAUGAAUGUAGCAGAGGGCACUAAGUAAUUUCAAAUUCUUGAUAUAUGGAAGAUAUAAGCUGUUGCAUUUUAUAAUCGUCAGUUAUUUAUUUGGCAUACAUGCAGAAAACGUUCACUCUCGGAUGGUCUUAAAAUCUCUCAGCCUGCUCUCUUCGAUUCAGUAGCAUGCCACGCUUCCACCGUCACUCAGCCAUGUUCAAUCCUUAUACCAUUAGUUAGUGUUAGUACAGACAAAUACAGCACAUGAUCUUGUCACUCCCGACAGUUGCUCAUGAUUACAAGACAUGCAGCACUUCGCAGUGCUAAUUGUGACUCUAGUGCUCCAUGCGUUAUGGCCUGUUGCUGUUUACAUGUUGUGACACUUUAAAAACACACUUUGCCGCUAAAGAACUGACCAUUAAUAAACAAGCUUUACUGAACUUUUCAA